AUGAGGGUCAACGGCUUCCCACUUUACGCCGUCCUCUGGGGCAUCUUCUGCCUCGCCCGCCCCAUCCUCGCCUCCAAUGAAGCCUUUGGCUCCCUCAUGCUCUUCCUGUACAAUGCCUACCGCUUCGACGAGACCGUGAGCAACGGAAAGCCCGGCCUCGCCAACCAGUGCAGUCCCAAAGACAGCGACGGACCGAGCAGCAAACUCAACCGAGGCUGCAACUUCCACGGCUUCCUUCGCCAUGUCCUUCGAUCAUCCUACGACCCCAGCGCUGGCGGCAUGAAAAAGGUGUCCGACCCUUGGAUGCCAACCGAAACCGAGGUGGUUGACUUACAUAAAUGGUCCAGCGUGAAUGCCGAUGCCGGCUACAACGCUGCAAGGGUCAUGGGCUCCUCUGGAAACUACUUCAACUCGCACCUCAUGUUCCGCGUCGUGGCCGCUCGCGUCAAGAAGCUCGCCGCCAGCGAUCCCGCGGUUCUCCUGCGGGCGGAUAAUGCUGCCCAGAUGAUUACCAAAACUGAGUCCCUUCUCGGCGGCGACAAGUCCAAACUCGUGAAAGCCGACGACGAAAACCUAGUCUUCCGCGAUGUCGUGCUUCUGCGGGAUGAUCUCAGCUUCGGGGUUGGAGGUGAGGGCGCGGACCGUUGCAGCGGGCGCAACCGUGACAGUGACCAAAGAGACAAGGAUGACAAGAAAGAGAAGGACGAGAACAACCAGUCGUGCAAGAAGCCAAAGCGAUCCUUGCUAGACUCCUUUGCAAAUAUGCUGUUCAAGAGACAAAAUGGCGGCGGCAGUAACAACAACUGUCAAACCAAAACGGAAACCAUCCGUCAUGCGCGCCCAAAGGGCACGGAGUCCAUGACUAUCUUCACCUGCAACGACGGCGUAGCCAUGGGUCAAUCUGGUAGCGCAACUGCCGAGUGGGGAUCCACCGCGAAGGCCAAUGGCAAACCCGCCGAAUAUGCCCAGCACAACUAUGCGUGGUCCGCCAACAAGGAUAACAAAGGAAAGAAGGCGCAGCGCGUGCGCUUAAUCCCACAGUCAGAUAACGGACCCGCGGGAACGAUUUGGAAGGGAUUCUGUGACUUGACCGGAGAGUACGGCCCCAUGACCAAGACCAAGGUCAAUGGCGCGAACAAGGUCAUCGAGAACGUCGACUUGUACCUCCGAGCCAGGCCGGCGGACGUGAAUCAGAACCUAGGGGCAGACAAAACAAUGACCGAAACCACAACGUCCUACGUCAAAACUGGCCGGGCUGUGUUUUCUCUCCAAUUCGAAGACCAAAAGUUCAAGCUUCCAAACGAUGGCCUCGAUGACAACCCUUGUCUGCCAGACAUCGUACGCGGCACGGAUCCUGGCUGGGCUCUCUUAACCUAUGAUGAAUAUUACGAUCGCAACCCAGAUCUACAGCAGUACACGGCCCUUUACAAGAACGUCGUGGUCCCCGCAGCGCUGCCACCUAUAGUUCCUCCCGCCCCUCCCCCCCCCCGGCCCCCGCCCCCGAGGCGACUGCGCCGGGGUACUCGCGCGGACUGGGACGAGGUUGUCGUCAUUGAUACAGACGAGGAAACGUGUAUCAAUGGCGGGAUGGGUCGACUGCGCGAGAUGGAAGAUGAUUAUCAGGAGUUCAGACGCCAGCAGGGCGGCGUCGAGGACCCUCGGCGGUAA